CGAAGAGGGGCGGGCAUGGGCCGCGCGGGCGCGGGCUCCCCGGGGCGCCGCAGGCAGCAGCCCCACAGCCCGGGCGGCCGGCAGCGCCGAGGCCCUCGGCGGCGGAAGGCCCCGGCGUGCCUGCGCAAGAGACCGCGCCGCCGGCGGAAGGAGCCCUGUCCUCGCAGCCCGAGGCGGGCCAUCUCCACGGCAAAGUGCCAGGACCCGUGCGCCUCCCGCGACGACUGGCGCUGUGCGCGCUCCUUGCACGAGUUUGCAGCCAAGGACAUCGAUGGGAACAUGGUUUGCCUGGACAAGUACCGGGGCUACGUGUGCAUCGUCACCAACGUGGCCUCGCAAUGAGGCAAAACCGACGUAAACUAUACUCAGCUCGUCGACCUGCACGCCCGAUACGCUGAGUGCGGUUUACGGAUCCUGGCCUUCCCCUGCAACCAGUUUGGGAGGCAGGAGCCAGGAUCUAACGCAGAGAUCAAAGAGUUCGCUGCCGGCUAUAACGUCAAAUUCGAUAUGUACAGCAAGAUCUGUGUGAACGGGGAUGACGCCCACCCGCUGUGGAAGUGGAUGAAAGUCCAGCCCAAGGGCAGGGGCAUCCUGGGAAAUGCCAUCAAGUGGAACUUCACCAAGUUCCUCAUUGACAAGAACGGCUGCGUGGUGAAGCGGUAUGGUCCCAUGGAGGAGCCCCUGGUGAUAGAGAAGGACCUGACCUGCUAUCUCUAGCUCCACAAGUGCGUGCCCCCACCCGAGCCCCCUGCCUGCGCCCCCGGAACCUUCCACCCGGCACCCAUGACGGUCUGCCUAUAAACCUACUGAGGGUGGGGCAGACCCGAGAACCCGGCGUGCAACCGCCGGAGGAAGGUCCCGUAGCCCCGCUGGGCUCGCUCGGUGCCCCUCUCUUGGCUGCCUUGUGAGAAUAAAACAAAGAAAUGGGCCU